CGUGUAUAGUCACGAGAGGAAUCAACACCGCAGAGAAGGUUGCGCCCAGUUGCCUACCGUAAGCGCAGCACAUGGCCACAUGCUAGUUCUAACGCAGCAAGCGACGUGUGGCCGGGGCCUCGGUUUGUGAAUAGCAUGAAAAGUCACAGCCAGGGAGAUCAUUUCAACCCCAGGUUUGCUGGCUUAUCGACUCCUUAACCACUUCGAACAAAACGCCAUGCGGGGUAACGAGUGAUCGGGCCCUCCCCCUCCCUCAUCGGCGCCCAUCUUUGGAAAUCCAAGAGCCAAAAGGGAGAUCACAAUUGUCAAUCGAGACAUUCCAUGCGCUGUCCCUGCUCCGCUUAUUCGCUCUGCCUAAAACACUAUCAGCUCUGACUGACAUGGCAGGACCGUCUCCGACCUCAAUCAGUACAGUAAUGGCCAACACGCCCCAGCCCAUGCCACUUGACAUUUUGUCCAACGAUACCCUCGUGCUCUAGCGCCCACUCUUGGAUGCCCUCGGUUUCACGAGCAAAGUCGCAGCCUCUACCAGCCAACUUAAAGUGAAGUGGUGUCAAUCACGUAUCAUUCGCAGUCUUUGUCGACCUCGUCACUCCGCACAAACGCUGUUCGACAUGUUAGGAGAUAUCCUACCCUACGCAACCCCAGCAAGUACGUUUGCUGGAGGGUUGACUUUGAGUGUCGCCGUUCUCCUGAUUGUUCGCCUUCAAUAUGAAUACAAGUUCAAACGUGCAGGUGCUGUACAUGCAGGACAGCUCGCAACAAACCCAAUAACAGCUCUGCCAUGGCUUUGGUCCAUUGGUUGGGCCCAGGCAUCAAACAACAUGCUCGCCUUCUUUCGUCUAGCCUUGUCAAAGCAAAAGCCACACGCUCCGCAAAUCAUUGAAAUCAAUGUCACGGGCGGUCAACGAUUUCUCUUUACGGAUGAUCCUGAGCACAUCAAGGCCAUUCUUACAGGGAAAUUUGCCGACUAUGGCAAAGGGAAGCAGUUUCACGACGUCUGGAAGCCGUUCUUAGGAGACAGCAUCUUUACAACAGAUGGACAAAUGUGGCAAGACUCUCGGAAUCUGAUUAGGCCAAUGUUCGUGAAAACACGAGUCAGCGAUCUGAACAUUUUUGAGAGAUGGACGCAAACAAUGUUAACUCAAUUCCCGGCAUCAGGCCACACCUUCGAUAUCCAAGACCUGUUCUACCGGCUGACUAUCGACGUCAUCACGGACUUCCUGCUUGGCGGUUCAGUUAAUUCUUUGGAGAAUCCCCGUGUAAGCUUCGUCAAAGCCUUCACAGAUGUCCAACGCAUGCAAACCAUGAUCACUGUUCUGAUGCCCAUCGAGAAAUUCAUACCGCGGGGCAAAUAUAACCGGGGCAUUAAAAUCAUGGAGGACUUCAUUACGCCGUUCAUUGACAGAGCACUGAACCUUACCGACGACGAGUUGGCAAAGAUUAACAAGUCCGAGCGGAGCUUCACAUUCUUGCACGCAUUGGCCCAGUUUACGCGGGAUCCUCAAGUGAUUCGUGAUCAAAUCAUAGCCGUGCUACUGGCUGGUCGCGACACAACUGCAGCGACGUUGUCAUGGAUGUUCCAUGAACUCACGCAAGCGCCUCAAGUGUACUCUAAGAUGCGAGAAGAGGUUUUGCAAGUGGUCGGAGAUGAGCGACCACCCACAUACGAUGACCUCAAGAACCUGAAGUAUCUUUCGAACUGUCUGAACGAGACGCUGCGCCUAUAUCCCGCAGUACCAUUCAACGUCCGUUACGCCUUGACUGACACUACCUUACCUAAUAUCAAUCGCAGCCAGCCUGAUAUCACCGCUGUGAAAGGCGAUGCAAUCUUUUAUUCUGCAUUUGCCAUGCAACGAAGGGCUGAUCUGUAUCCUUCACCUUCGCCAACAUUUGCUCCGGUAGAACAAUUUAGCCCGGAGCGUUGGGAAAACUGGCAGCCACGCCCGUGGCAAUAUAUCCCCUUUAAUGGAGGCCCUAGGAUUUGUGUUGGUCAGAACUUUGCUCUCACGGAAAUGGCCUAUGUUUGUGUCAGGAUUUUGCAGCGAUACGAGAGGCUAGAGGGCAGGGACGAUUAUAGCAAGCAAUUCCACAAGGUCGAGAUCGUGGGCACACCUGGUCGUGGGGUCAAAGUCGCCAUGUAUGAGGCUAAGAGAGGCGUGCGAGAGGCAUGAAAGUGUU